GAUGGGUGGCAUCCCCGCCAGGACGCACAAAGACGAGAAGCUGCUCAUCUUCCUGGGAAUCAUAGAUAUCCUGCAGUCGUACAGGUUCAUUAAAAAGUUGGAACACUCCUGGAAAGCUCUGGUCUACGAUGGCGACUCCAUCUCGGUCCACCGGCCCGCGUUUUACGCCACCCGCUUCCUGAAGUUCAUGAGCACCCGGGUCUUCAGGAAAACUCAGCCGAUUCGAUUUUCCCCUUCAAAGAGGACCCGCACGUCUAUCCCGGCUCUGAAGUCGUCCUCACAGGAGAUCCUUUCAUCGCAGGCAGAUGAGAGGCACGAGGAGGACAGGAGGGACCGGCUGGGKGGGGCACGGAGCCUGGCCAGUCUGGACGGACAAGUCAUGUUCAGUUCACAUGUGCAGCCAGAUCUAGUUCCCGCCAACCAGUCCUUCUACGAGGGCUCCUCCGUGGGAACCAUCUCCACCUCUUCUAUCUUUGUAAACGUGGACAACCAAACUGAAGAGAGGGCCGACGUCGCAUCCUGCUCCACGUUCACGCUGGAGGACAGUGCGAUCUGCCUCACCUCGGAGCAGAGCACCAUGGACGUGGACAUGUACUGUGACGACGGAUCUGUUCUUGAUGUUUACUUGUGAAAAAAAAGACAGUUUUACAUCGUUUUUCCCUCCUGCCACAYACGAGACAAUCCCUGCUCUCCAUCGGACGUGUCCUGCUCCAUCCAUGUUGCCACUUGUAUUUGCCAACCACCUCCAGGAAAUAAAAAAUACUGUGGUUCUCGCUGGUUGGCUAAAAAAAAAAAAAAGGACGACCCUGCCAAACUAACGACAGGAACCAAGUGACAUCAUCUGUAACGUGCUGAACUUCAGCUGCUUUGUAGAGCGUGUAUCAAAGCAGCAUCAUUUAGUUUUAUACGGUUUGUUUCUUCCCGCAGCCCGGACAUAAAGGUUGCUGUAAACUGUAAAUAUGGAUUUUCCAUAAAGAGAAGCUAGAUACUCAUCACUCUUUUUGUUCUGAUGAACAGAGAGACAUUUUAAAUUCACAGCUUUAUGAGCUGCUGAUGAGAAAUGUUUACAGCACAUUUCACGGUGGCAAAACUUUGGUUCGUGAGGAAGAGGAGCGCCAUCUCGGACGAAGAAUAGACUCACUUGAACAGACUUCACGAUGAAGGCCAAACUCAGCCAACAUUUUCUAACGGAGUGGGUGGUUUUUUUUUGUGCUGCCUUAGAAAAAACAAAACAAUGCUGUAAGUUAGAGAAGGUGGUUACUGGAUCCUGGAUGAUGCAGAGCGGAGAGACAAAGCACUUUUAACACUACAUUACUGUAAUAUAUAUAUAUAUUUUUUUCUUUUAAGAAUGUUUGCUUAGGUGGGUGGGCUACAUGACAGAAGCACAGAUUUGGAUUUGUGAACAUGCACUUUCUUUUUUCCCCUCCUUUUUAACUUUACAAACGCACACUUUUUGUAGACAAUGAAGGAACACUGUAAAUCAUCUUUGAUUAGUUUUGUGUCAAAACUGAAGAUGCUUUUAUUUUUUCCCUCUCAGGAUAUUCUUUGGAACUGAACAAACAUAUCCUCAUUAAAAACAAACAGAAAAGUCAAGCGGCACGCAUCGUACUGCUGUCCGAUACUUCAAGAUUAUAUCCAGCUCAACUCCACCAUGACCGUUAUUUAUUAUGUAAUUCAACAUUUUAAAAUUUGCUGUAAAAAAAUACUUAAAUCACUGAAUGUAAAGACAAUGCUUAUUUAUAUCAUGUAUAGAGGAGCUUCCUAUAAAUAAAGAGUCAGUGAUGGAUUUCUUGAUUUUGCCUCCAGAACGUGACAGAAAAUAAAUACAAGGUCUAGAUUCUUUUGAAAACGUUAAAUCUUUUUGUAGAUGUUUUGGUCAAAUGUUGAAAAUUUUAUGCUUAAUCUCAUACAAUACUGCAGGAUGUCAUGCUUAAUGUGUUCUGAAYGACUCGUGAGAUUUUAACUCGGUAUCUGUAAAGGUCAGUGUUAAGUAUAUUUUUGUGUUGGCUAAUGUGGUUCAGAUGUGAUCAUUUUCAAAUGGUUUUCUCCAACUGGCUAUUUCACAACAUUUUAGACAACUUGUAAAAAUUUUGUUCAACACAGAGGACAUCUGUGCUGAAGAUGGAAUAAAAGGAUAAAAUCUACUAGAACCAGAGAUGAUCUAUAGGAGGCAAAAGGGGUCAACUGCCACCCUGCUGUAAAGCCUUGCCCCCCUAAUUUUAUGUCCCUAAAAUACUUGUAAUUACCUACAGAUUUAGUUUUAGUCCUUCAAAUUAAUCAUUAAAUUACCAAAAGCUAUUAUAACUGAUAGUUUAGGUGUUUAUGUGAAUGUUUUUGUUGACUCCUUUAAAACAAAAGAUUUCUUUCAUAUAGAUCCAGCAAUGCCACCCUGCCUAGAUCUGUUGCCCCCUCCAAUGUAAAAUUUUCUACAUCCGUCGCUGACUGGAAGCUUCUUUUGAACAUUCAUUUACUGUAAUGCCAACAAGUUAAGUGAGUAAUUUAUUCAUAAAGUUUUCAUCAAGUUGUCAAAACUG